UUAGGCUUGAUGGCACAAGAUGUUCCCGUAUUGGAACUGCUAGAUUCUACGAGACAGGUUGAGGAGGAGGAUGUUACUAUUCUACUAGAGGAUUUAAAGCAUAGAAAGGAUUUACUUUUUGAUAAGAAAGUGCAAGCUGGUGCUAGGAAGUACUUUACAAAAGAUGCCUGGAUUACUGCUUUGGAUACUCUAAAAAUGCUUGAUGUUACGCAGAUGCAAAAGAAGCCUUUCAAAGCUGGCAGUUCAUCAGGACUUGUGAAAGGAACAAAAAGAAAACUUGUAGAAGUAGUUGAUUCAACAUCAGAGCUGCCAGGACCCAGUAGUAUGAAAAUUUCCAGAAGACGAAAAGGUAAAACUAAUAAAGACACAGAUCCUGAGCAUUCAUCAAAUUCAAGUGAGGAUGACAGUUCAGUUGGAUCAGAAGAUGAUGGAAGUGAAAUUGAAUCUUUGAAAUCUGCAUCAAGGAAAGUCAAGAGACACAGCUGGCUACCAGAGGAGGAUAAAGCCAUACAAUCAUAUUUCAAGGAAGAUAUCAAUGAUUUCGAAAACGAGGGGAAUGCAGGACCAUUACACGUGGCAAAUAAAAUAAAAAAAUUCCUUACCAAGAAUCCAAACAUUCUAAGGGAUUAUCCAACUGGGGAGAAAACCAAGAAGAUCAGGAUAAAAGUGAUUAAUCUGAGGAGACAAAGGAGGCUGAAAUACCAGAAGGGAGUACAAAAGCUUUCAGUCUGAUUUUUUUCUGUCAAUGAAGUUUUAAAAAUAUACUGACAUGCAAAAGAAAUGCAACAAGCAGUUAACAACAAAUGAAUUUUUCAUUGAAUGGUCUCUAAAAAAUGAAUUCAGUUUGUUAAAAUGUACACUCAAAAACAUCAGAGAUUUGAUUUAUUUGUUGAAACCUUUGAAAAUAACACAUGAAUCUUUACCCAUCCCGCCAACCACUCAUUUACAGUAUGCAAGUCCACCAUGCACAAUAACAGCUUAUUUGUACAAUGCAUUAAUUAGGUUUAUAAAUCUAUUGAUUUGAGCAAUAAAAAUAUUCUUUGGCUUUUUUAAGUUCCCCUUUUCCUGAAGCUGAGGUCGGGUUUUCCUUGCUUUGGCACAAUGUAGUAACCCUUGGAAUUCUAGUCCCAGGAUCAUGAA